AUGUUGCCAUCCGAUCUCCCAUUCGAGAUUUUGAUUAUUAUUGCCAAUCUUGUCUCACUAAAAGACAAGUCUCUAUGCUCUCGCAUCUGUAAAUCAUGGAGAGCUCCAUUUCAAGAGUCAAUGCUAAAAGACGUCGUAAUCCACACAAAGGAAGAACUCGACGCAAUCUGUGACAUGUCAACUAAAAAUCCUAGAAUAUAUCAAAAAAAUGGCCAGCAUGUCCGACAUCUCUUCCUCUACGAAAACAGCCAUCCGACUGACCAGCACAUCCAAAUACUUCAGCAGCACUUUCCCUAUCUGCAGCAUCUGCAUAUCAAAGGCGAACACUUUAGUAGCACAACAUUUGGAACAGCGGUCAAUUGGAACCUCUGGAGUUCUUUGAGGGAGUUGUGGAUCGGUAUGGAAACACUGGUCACCGAAAAUUCAGAAAAGAUGUUCCUGGACAUCAUAUCUUGUCUUCCCCAGCUUCGAAGAUUAGAACUGGCUCGCCAUUCUUGGUACACCAAAAUGUGGUUUACACUAAAUGAUUUCGAGACCCUGCACAAAAACUUACCACGUUUGGAGCAUCUAGCCCUCGGUUUAGACAUGAACGAGCUCACGACAAAAGAUCUAGUCCGAAUAUCAAGCACACCUCCAGUCAGUAACUUAUCCUAUUUUGACAUCGAUACCAAGAUCAUGGACUACAGAUGGAUAGCCUAUUUUGCUCACAAGUACCCCAAAUUACACACACUCCACUGGAGAACCGACGGGAGUGGAAUGGCGCGGAUGAAAUAUCAAAAGGAGGCCGCGUCAUUAUUCAAGUCAAUACCAAAUGCCUUCAAGUACCUUAGGACUCUCAGAAUGAAAAGCGAGAGAUCUCAGGAUGAAGAGAAUCUCAGCUUCUGGGAGAUAUUCUGCCCUUCAACCAUCCUUGUCAAGAGCAUCAAGUGGCAGCCUUAUAUAUUCUACGAUAGACCAGACAUAAUCGAAAGGAUCAUCAAAACAUGCAUGCAUUCGUUUUCAGAAACCUUGGAAAUACUCUCGAUCGAGUGUCUAUUUAACCUCGAUCACCCGUUCUUAAUCAGAAAUGCGUUCAUCCAUCACUGUCCUCGCUUAGUCGAUCUAAACAUCCAUCAUUGCAAUGCCUCGAUCGAGCUAGAUACUCUCCUCGAUGUCUUUCCUGCUCUAGGGAAACUUCGGCUCUUUGGGGGUCGAAUCUCAGUCAGUCCCCAAGCAUCUGAAAAAAUAUCGAUAUCGAAGCGUCAGUUGAGAUCAAUAGAAGUGCACCAAGCAACUGUCAGCUCAGCCACUCUCGAAUUCAUUUCCUCCUGUUCAAGGCGAUUGGACAACCUACACUUGAGCUCUACAAAGGUCACCGGAUCAAUUUCUCAAAAGACAGGGCGUCUGUGUAUCGACAUGUCCCGUACUCGCUUUGAAAAUCUUUAUCUUGGUCAUGUUCGAUUCAGCACGUCAGAAGAUGAAGAAAACGAAGACCACAAUCUUAACCUAAUGAUCCUUGCCCGAUCUGCGGUGGAUAUUAUGAAAAUCAAAGAUAAUAACAACAAUCCAGAUGAUCCAAUGAUGCUUGAUAAUGAUAGUAGUAAUACUGAUAGUAAUAAUAAUAUUAGUGAUAGCAGCAGCAGCAGCAGCGGCAGCAGUAGUAAUAAUAGUAGUAAGGAGACAAAGUCAAAUACGGUCAAGUACACUUGGAUAUAUACAUCCCAUGAGAAAGCACGUAAUCAGUGGUGGACCUCUAAUACACACAAGCUUACCAAAGCACAAGCUAAUCGUGCCCAUCAAUAUUUCUGUGAUUUUGAACGUGAGAGGUAUCUAGCAAUGCAAAGGGGACCUCGUAGUGAUGAUAAAGAAGAGAGAACGCUGGAAAACUGGACAAAACAUCUUUAUCAUGGUUUCACCACAUUAAAAUGUGGAUAUAUAGAAAAGUAUACUAUCGGUAGCUAA